AUGAAAAUGGCUGAACAGAUCAUUGAAUCCACACGCUUUAGAAAGACGGCCGUUAAAGAGAGAGAAAAGCACGAAGUUGCACAUGUCAACAGACUCAUUCAAUUGAAGAAUUGUAAAUUGCUCGACGUUGCCACUCGUGAUCAAAUCAAGAGGUACAUGGAUUUGAGGUUGAACGAUACAAACAAAUUCUAUGUUCAGUAUGUGUACUCCGAAACGUCUCCGAAGUGCCGGUUGUAUGCGCGCCACCUUGUCGGCGGUCAAGGGUUUGAGAGGAAUCUACGUUGUUACAGUAUGGAGGACUUGUACAUUGAUCUCGACAUCGAAAACGCAUUUCCAAGCAUUACCUUACAAUUGAGCAAGAAACUGAAAUUACCCAAAUGCAAGAAUUUGACCGAGUACGUUAGAAAGCGUGAUACGAUCCUUCAGAAAUACGGGUUGAAUAAGAAGUCCGUUUUGGAAGCGCUCAACAAAUCAUAUGAAGUUCCCAGUCACCCGUUCAUCAAAAGCAUUCACAAAUUUAUAUACGAAACUUUCCUCCCACCUUUCAAGGAAAUGCCCGAAUUCAAGGAACUUUGGGCAAUUACCAAGAAAAACAAAAACGACGGAAAUAGGGAUGGUUCGUUCUACAGCAAAGUUCUUCAAUAUCAUGAAAACAUCAUUCUUGGCGAAAUGGAGACGUUCCUGGAGAGCAGUGGUUAUGAAGUACCUGUUCUCGUAUUCGACGGCCUUCAAGUUCUUCGAAACGAAGAGAAUUUACCGGUCGACCAGACUCUUAUUAAUAACUUGCAGCAACAUGUCAACAAAACGACUGGCCUCUCCGUCGUCAUCAAAGAAAAGCCAAUGAACUACGAGGUCAGUUACCUGGAGAAGUUAGGACUUGAAGUCAUACCAAUUGUAGCACAGAGCGAUAGUGUGGAAGAGACAGCGCCUCUCAUUAGAUUACCGCUUUUUGAAGAUCCUUUGUUAGAUCAACUUGCCAAAAACGCUAUUCUCCACAGAAGUCAUGAUGCGGUCGCUCGCUUUCUUAUUGUUUUGUGGAGAGAUGAUUUUUACUACAAGAAUAAGGUCUGGUGGUACUUUUCGUCCCAUCGGUGGACUUGCGAUUCCGGCGAGUUCUUUCAACAUCGCCUUUUGACAGAAUUGAUGCCUCUAUUGGAAGAAAAGACAAAAUGGAAAAGUCAUCAAAGCGACGAGCGCUUAAUUGACAAAUUGGAGUUUCGGAAUGGAAAGCCAAACGAUUACUGUCUCCUGCAAAUUGGCUAUGACUAUAUCGAGUAUGAUCCGCAUGAUGAGACAACGGGAAUAUGUUGUGAAAACUUCGCUUCAUCUCUGGGGUGUAAUCACAACGAUAAGUUCAAUAUUAUGGUCGGCCCGGGCGCACAAGGAAAAUCGUUCCUUGUAGGAUUAAUGACCGAAAGUAUGGAUGUUUACGCAACGAGUUGGAACUCAUCCAUUCUGGUGAACGACUUUAACGGGGACAAAGCGAACCCGGAGUUGGCAGAUGGUAAAUAUAAACGUUUCAUUGAGAUCCAAGAAAACAAGAAAGAAAAAGCCCUCAAUAUGGAGAACGUUAAAAAACUAACCGGUUACGAUCCAGUCCGUGCGAGAAAUCUCUAUGAGAACGGUUCCAACUUUGUCAUCAAAGCAUUGCUGUUUUUGUCCGUGAAUGAUCUACCUGUCAUCUUAGAAGUCGAUAAUGAUCCGGCAUUAUGCGAUCCUGACAAGCAUAUCUAUCUUGCGGACAAGGGAGCCAAACGAAACCGAGGGUUUCAAGCACCGUACUUCAUGUCCAUUCUAAUCAAAUAUUACAAAUUGUAUAAGGAAGAAGGAAUCCAGACGCCGCAAUCCAUUCUCGAUGAUACGAUCAAGUACAAGAGAAAUAACGACAUCUAUCAGACGUUUUUUGAUGAUUGCUGUCUCCAUGCACCUGAAAACAAGAUUCUAGUGGAGGAUAUCCACAAAGAAUGUAUCGAGUGGGCCAAACGGCAACAAAAUAAGAACAUACGCAUUAACCGAAACGAUAUGUUGAAAUGGUUACAAAACUAUGCUAGAUCACAAGAUGAUAUAACUUACCACAAGUGUCUUCGAGUUACAAAAUAUGUAGACGGUAAAGGGAUGUCGAAAGUUUCUACCGGAUUCCAAGGUAUCAAAUUAAACCGAUAUGAGAUGCUUCCGCAACAAUCGUAUUCAGUAUGUGAAGACUCGGCGGAUGAGUAA